GAUCAGUAAACUGCUUACGGGCUGCGCACUGAGCGGUCUCUCGGUCCACGCUGGAGACCCCAAGGACAGGCAGCUCUAAGGUUGCACAAGCGGGUGAUUGUAGGGAAAGGGCCAUAUUAUUCGUCGUAUUGCCGAAUCUCGCGGGCUCGCCUGAAAACAAACACACCGUGCCUGGAAUCCUUCUUAUCCUCUGCAAAUUACUACCUGCUGCUAUUGCUGCUAUACAGCUCCUCCCUCUGCUCGCUGGCCGCCGCCCCUGCGUGGUUGUGACAGAGAAACGCUAGCUAGCCUUGCUGAUUCACGACGUCGGCUGCCCCGCGAAGCUUGAGCUGUCGGACUCAGUAAAAAUCCAUGGUCCUCGAUGGCCGCUAACAAUCGCGAUGCCGUCUUUCGGGACUGGCUCCAGAGGCAGCAGCAGAGAAAACGCCUGCAGCUGGGCGUUUCCUUCCGGGACCUCGCCUGCCACGGCUUCACGUCCUCGGCCACCUUCCAGCACACUGUCAUCUCCUACGCCCUAGCCCUUCCGCGGCUCGUCGCUAGGCUCGUCUCGGGACAGCCGCCCGCCAGGGUGCAGAUCUUGCGCGACUUCGCUGGCCUAGUCGAGGCUGGCGAGAUGCUGCUGGUCCUCGGGAGGCCUGGCAGCGGCUGCUCGUCGUUCUUGAAAGUUCUAUCUGGCGACGCGCACGGCAUCCACGUCGGCGAGGGGACCAAGGUCAACUAUGCCGGCAUCUCGUACCACCAGAUGCACCGCGACUUCAAGGGCGAAAGUAUCUACCUCGCCGAGCUCGACGUGCAUUUUCCCGAGCUCAGUCUCGGCGAGACCCUCACGUUUGCCGCGUCGACGCGCGAAGUCGGCACGAACACCCAUUUGGCGUCCCAGGCAACCGGUCGCAACGUCGCGGUUUUGUUCGGUCUGUCGGGCGCCCUCGAUACCAAGAUGGGGAACGCCCUGAUCCGCGGCGUCAGCGGCGGCGAGAAGAGGAGAACGAGCAUCGCGGAAGCCCUCAUCAGCGGCGCGCAGUUCCAGUGCUGGGACAAUAGCACCCGGGGCCUUGACAGUUCCACAGCCCAGCGAUUUAUCGAGCUGCUGCGGAGGUCGACGAGUGCCUUGCGAUCGACUGCGAUCAUGAGCAUCUACCAGGCAUCAGAGGCCAUGUAUCGGAGUUUUGACAAAGUCACGCUGCUAUACGAGGGCCGUCAGAUCUAUUUCGGCCCCGUCGAGUCUGCCGCCGACUAUUUCCAUAGGCUCGGCUUCGCAAAGCCGAGCAGAACGACGAGUGCUGAUUUUCUCACGUCUCUCACCAAUCCGGCGGAGCGCAUCGUCCGGGAAGGUUACGAAGAUCGAGUUCCCAGGUCCCCGGAUGAGUUCGCCGCUAUGUGGAAACAGAGUCCCGAGGCUAAACGGCUUUUAGAAGAUAUUAGUGCCUUUGACGACGCUCAUCCGCUCCUGGUUUCCAAGGAGCAAUCCCAUUCAGCUGAGAGUCAAACCCCGAUCAGAGAGAUGUUGGCUCUUCGCUCGUCGACUUACUUAAUCCCAAUAGCCCAGCAGAGCAUCAUCUGCAUCCAGAGGGGCUUUCUCCGCCUCCGAAAUAACUAUGUGCCCGCCGUCUCGACCGUCUUCGCGAAUGCCAUCCUUGCCAUCGUGGUGGGCAGCGUGUACUUGAAUCUCCCGGACACAGCCGAUGGCAUGGACCAGAGGGCAGUUCUCAUAUUCUUCUCUUUGAUGAUCUGUGCGUUCUCGCCUGCUUUUGAGGUCCUCACCAUGUGGGCGCAGCGGCCUAUUGUGGAGAAACACGACCGAUACGCCCUAUAUCAUCCCUUCACUGAUGGUGUGGCUUCGAUUCUAUGUGAUCUACCGGCCAAGUUCGGCACCUCGGUCAUGUUUCACAUUACGCUUUACUUCAUGACCAACCUCCGCCGCACUGCUUCGGCUUUCUUCACCUACCUCGUUAUCAUGUUCUUCAUUGUGUUAACCAUGUCAAUGGUUUUCCGAACGUUGGGGUCCUUGUCGCGGACACUAGAGCAGACUAUGGCUCCUGCAUCGAUCGUUGUUCUGCUCUGCAUCGUAUAUACCGGCUUCGUAAUUCCCGUCCCAUACAUGAAGCCUUGGCUUUCAUGGUUCAGGCGAUUAAAUCCCAUGGCUUAUGCCUACGAGAGCUUGAUGAUCAAUGAGUUUCGCGGCCGUCAAUUCCCUUGCUCCUCCACCGUCCCCGCCGGGCCUGGCUACUCUAACGAGGCCGGUAUGAGUGGAAAGGUCUGUCCCGUCGUGGGAGCUGAGCCGGGAGAGCCUGAUGUGCAAGGAUCGGCCUACCUGCUCCUGAAAUAUGGCUACGUGCAAAGCCAUCUUUGGAGAAAUUUCGGUAUCAUAAUUGCCAUGAUGGUCAUAUUCUGCGCAAUUCACUUGCUGGCGGCAGAGUAUAUCCCGGCUCAAAGAUCAAAGGGCGAAGUGCUUCUUUUCCAGCACGGUUACCGCAAGAACCAGCCUCAACUAGCGUCUGACUCUGAGAAAGCCGCGUCGUCGCCAAUAUUUGCCCAGGAUAUCAGCGGGCAGGGGGAUCGCGAUGGGAAUGAAACGCGCCCCGAGACUGUGCAAACUAGUAUUCUUCAACAGUCCUCGGUAUUCCACUGGAACGAUCUGAGCUACGAGAUCAAGACCAACAACGGCACGAGGAAGGUCUUGAACAAUAUCAACGGAUGGGUCAAGCCAGGGACGUUGACUGCUCUGAUGGGCGUUACAGGCGCUGGGAAGACAACACUACUCGACGUUCUGGCAAAUCGAGCAACCUUCGGAACAGCCAGCGGCGGUGUCUACAUCGACGGCACACCGCGGGAUAUAAGCUUUCAACGCCGGAUAGGUUACGUUCAACAAGAGGAUAUCCAUCUCCCUACCGCCACCGUUCGUGAGGCUCUGCAGUUCAGCGCAUUGCUUAGACAACAAGGGACCGAAUCGAAAGAAGGCAAGUUGAACUACGUUGAUAACGUCAUCAAGGUGCUGGACAUGGAGCCCUAUGCCGAAGCCGUGGUUGGCAUCCCCGGCAAUGGCUUAAACAUCGAACAGCGAAAGCGAUUAAGUAUCGGAAUAGAGCUCGUAGCCAAGCCAGAGCUUUUGUUGUUUUUAGACGAGCCGACGUCCGGACUCGACAGCCAGACAGCAUGGUCCAUCUGCACACUCCUCCGUAAGCUAGCAGACCACGGCCAGGCGGUCCUGUGUACGAUUCAUCAGCCAUCGUCCCAACUGUUUCAGAUGUUCGAUCGCCUGCUGCUUCUCAGCGACCACGGGGAGACAGUGUACUUCGGUAAUAUUGGCCGAGACGCUUCGGCGUUGAUCGAGUACUUCGAAAGCAGAGGCGCCCCAAAGUGUCAGACAGCAGACAACCCUGCCGAGUGGGUCCUGAACGUCACCAGCAAUAAUGCUGGUACUGCCACUGUCAUUACCGUAGACUCGAGCAAGUCUUCAGUCACAGAGCAGUCUCGAGAAACGGAGCAUCCAAGCUGGUCGAAGCAGUGGGACGAGAGUCAACAGAACCACGACGUACAAGAGUACCUCCAACGGACCACGGCCGCAAAGCAAUCGUCUUCGGACAAUCCUUUGUCUACGGGUCCGGGGAAGAACGAAUACGCUGCCUCGUUCUUUCAGCAGCUAAUAAUUGUGACAAGCCGGAUUUUCCAGGAAUACUGGAGGGACCCGACGUAUCUCUAUUCGAAGCUGGCUCUCUGUGCUGGUGUGGUAGGCGGUUUUCACUCUUUUUCUUUUACCUUUCUUGCUCUCCUCAACCCCUUUCCCGCAUUACGUCCCCUAACCUCUUCUCAGUGCUUCUUUAACGGCAUCUCCUUCUAUAAUACCCCGCUCGACAUGCAAGGCUUCAUCAAUUUCGUCUUCUCCAUCUUCCUCAUCUCCCAGCUCUUCAGCACCCUCGACCAGCAGAUCAUUCCUCGCCUUGCCGACGGCCGCAGCCUAUUCGAGGCUCGCGAGAGGCGAUCCAAGUCGUACUCCUGGACCGUGUUCCUCGCAGCCAAUAUUAUCGUCGAACUGUGGUGGCAGACAGUCGCCUCUGUCAUCAUCUUUGUGUCUUGGUACUACCCUACCGGCCUUUGGCGGAAUGGCGACGCGAGCUUUGGAAUGAACGAGAGGGGAGGCCUGGUAUUCGUGCUCAUCUGGCUGUUUUGCCUGUGGAUCACAACUUUCUCGCAAGCUGUCGGUGUGGGUAUCGAACACGCGGAGACGGCCGUGCAGAUUGCUACCCUCUGCUUUUGGCUCUCGCUGGUGUUUUGCGGUGUCCUCGUCUCUCCUAACGAUCUUCCUCGCUUCUGGAUUUUCGUCUAUCGAGCUUCCCCGCUGACGUACUUCGUCGACGGGAUGGUGGUGGCCGGCCUAGCCAACACACAUAUCGAGUGCUCCGACAUACAGCUCCUCCAUAUCGACCCUCCUCCGGACGUGUCCUCCGGCCUUACAUGCGGCGGGUAUCUGGGUCCGUUCCUACAGUACGCCGGCGGAGUUCUUAGGAAUCCGGCAGCGACGACGGACUGCCUCUACUGUCCAGUUGACCAGACCAACAAUCUUCUCCUGCAGUUGGGAAUAGAGACAGAGGAUGUGUGGCGGAACGUGGGGUACAUGGUUGUCUAUAUGGUCUUCAACACACUAGCCACCUAUGCUAUCUACUGGAUUGCGAGAGUGCCUAAGACCUGGAGAAGGAAACAGGCUUGAGUAUGACGAGUGGGUAUACCUUGAACUAGGGCGGCAUGAACUGGACAUGAAGCCGCGUACGAGAUUAUUCUUGGCCAGGGGACCUGUCGUUAAUAGUAGCAGAUUUGAGUUGCGGCGGACGUGGUUAUUGUAGGCAGCAAGUAAUAUGGGUUGUUGAGCUGUAAUGUGCUGCAUGCAGGAAGGCCAGAUGGCGGAGGCCGUUACAUAGAGGUAUAUAGGCUAACGAUUGGCGAUGAAUAAUUUAAUGUCGGCCCUGUCAAUCCGCCUUAGUUGCUUUCAAUAAUACUAAAUGUCUAUCACAUCGAAAGGUGCA